AUGUUGAUUGAGAAGAUCGCGGCAGCAGCUGAUCAGGCUCGCACCGAAGCAGCCAGUGCCCUCGAAAGGCAUGUAGAGCGAGCGAAGGUCGCUGCCACUGGCGUCGUGGAGCAAGCAAGAGGCUCCAUUGCGCUCUCCACGGCACCUGUGCCCUGCUCCGUCUGCGGCCGAAGUACCCGCGGCGGUGAUGGCGGUGCCUGUGGAGAUGUAGGAGAGAUGUCGAGCAAAGUUGAAGCUGCCGACGCAGCGCCGAGAUGCUACAGCUGCCUCACGGCCGAGGAGCGGGACAAGGUGGUGGUGACAGUGAAGCAACAGCACCUGACCUUGGACAGCUUCUUCGCAGGGGAGCCGCCGCCCGUGCACGAGGAUCCGCCCGAAAGUGUGUUAGAGAAAGCCCACCGGCUCGGCUCGCUAGCACUGGGCGGCGCCGUUGAGAUGAUCGGCUGGAUACCGGGCCUGGGUGCCACAACCAAGGGUGCCGUGAAGGUCCUGCACAAGGUGGUGAAGUUUGGUCCACUGGCAAUGUACAGCUCCGAGUUGGUUGAGACCCUUCAGCUCCUUGUCGUCAUGGCCAACCGCAGCGGGGUGGCCCGCGGCGGCAGCACCAACGGGGUGGGUCUUGAGACGCGUGCCAUGCCAGCUUCCGUGUCCAGCUCGCAGACGCCCUUGAGGAUUCCUUCUGGAGUGCUGCGGGCGUUCCGUGCCCGGCAACUCGGCUCGGUGAACCCGUACUGCCGGGACGGCAAGCGGAGUUCGUCUCAGAAGCUUCCGAAGAGUCUUUCUCAAGGGCGCGGUCGGGCCCCGCCGGCCCCUGUGGAAGUGGAUGCGUACAAGACGGUUACGGUGGAGCUCAAGGGCAGGGAGGGCUACAACUCCUCAGCGGUGAAUGGUCUUUGGCACUACUGGCGGGUCAAGGGCGGCAGGCUGGCCUUCCAGCGCGAGAUCAACCUCGCCGAGGGGAAGGAGGAGGAGGAGGAGGCAACAGGGUUUUUUUGCGGCUUGGUAGCCUAUGAGAGCUGUUGA